AUGCUUCAAUUAUCGAAGCAUUAUCUUAAUGAGCCUCCCAGUUACUAUGGACCAUUCAAUCACUGUAUUCUGAUAGCAGGUGCUGCGUCAGAGCAACUGGCGUUAAGUCGAAACCAUUCAACGUUCGCACUUGGUCUCCGCCAAGGCUGCGUCCUAUCCCCUAUCUUGUUUGUGUUGUACAUGGAUAGAAUAUUCAAAAGCUGCCAAGGCGAUGAGGGUAUCGGUGUAGGAGAUGUGAAGUCGAGAAGGUUGCUGUUUGAAGACGACCUUAUUUUACCGGCAUUUUCUGAAAUCGAUCUACAGUGCUCCAUGGAAAAGUUCGUAGUCGAGUGCGAUGUGACCGGCAUGCGAGUGAGCGCAUUUAAAACGAAGGGAUCAGUACUUUCUCGUUCUCUUGCCCGUUGGUCUCUUCAGAUUAACGGAGAGGCAGUGGAGCAGGUGGAAAAGUUCAAGUACCUCAGGGUGGUAUUUAUAACUGACGGAAAAUUUGAGGAAUUGAUCGACCGGCGCAUGGAGUAG